AUGUCUAGUCACAGCAGUGAUGUAUACGUCAUGGAAGACACAGAGGAGUCGCUUCGUACGAGCUCGGCAAACUCCCCACUUGAAGAUUUGGUCCGCUCUUCUUCCUUCACUUCUUUGGGAUCAUCCAAUGAGAAAUGCGGCCGUCACCCACCACCACCACCAGCGGCGAUGGCACGUACUAUCUGUACAGUUGGCACAAACACAGAGAAGCAGGUGGAGGAAUCUGUGAGCAACCUGCUGCGGAGUGGCAUUAUGGGUCUUAUGCACACAAUCGCCGGGGAUGAGUUUGCCCAUCAUAUGCUGCAAAAGAGUCGUCAGGAUAUUCAGCGAAGUUAUAUUGAGAGAAUUACAGGACUCGCUCAAAAUACAAUCAACGUUCUUCAUAAAUUGAUAGCUUGUCAGUCUUAUCCAAUGCACGGGAAGGAGUCAGCGUCAGAAAUUGCCGUGUUGGAUGAAAAGGCUGAACCUGAGUGGCUAUCGGAGCUGCAGAUAUCGAUAGCAAAGACUGAUGCCCUUCUUCAGGGUUUAACCGAAAAGAAAGAGACAUUGUUGACGGCCACAGAUGCAGCAGAAACGACAUGUUCAAUUCCAACGAUGCCGGCUGCCAGGUCGAACGUGCGGUUUUCUGCUUCGCAGCAGACAUCUUCAUUACCAUCGCCCUUACAGGAUAAGACAGGGCGCAUGCAGGAACUUGAACAUGAGCUUCGAAUGCUGCAAGAGCAGAUGGCGGAGGUGCGCGUGGUUUUUGCAAAGGAGGGAGUGGAUAGUGUGGUACCCCUCUACAGUGAAUUACUAUCUCUGCGCGCUGCGAAGAGACAGGCCGCAUUGAGAGAAGUGGAGAACACCAUGGCUUACCUGGCCACCCAGCAAUGCUGCUUUGAUCAGCAGUUGGAAGUAAUGGAGAGACGUAAGAGGUCACUUGAACUUGAGGUCAGCCGUCGCUUCUACGAAGGUGGAGACGCAGUGAUCGGAUUGAUGGAGGAUGUCGAAAAAUUGGCACGGGCAGGUCGUAAGCUUAAUGGGCUUCGUGGCAAAUAUAGACGGCGUGUGAGAGAAGUUGACCCGGUGGUUUGCGCAAAUUUCUCUUCUUUUCCUGGCGAAAAACGACAGCGCACUUCGAAUACUGAUUUUUCCGUUCUCCUUGAUCGGCAGUCUGAAAAGGACCAGGAGAUAAUGGCGUUACGCGGUGAAUUGAAUGCCCAACGACUGGAAAUGGAGGAGUGGAAGCGGCGUUAUGAAGCCGCUGUUGGGGAGAUGAGCCGGCCUCAGGAGAGCCCUGUGUUUAAUUCUUUGCUGCAAGCAGUAGAGGACCGGGUCUCCCAGGAGGCAGCACAGAGAUGUACUCUUCUCUGUCGUCUUUUUGGCUGGGAAUUGCUUCAGCUAACAGAUGACACGGUCGUUCUUGCACGUGUCGGCUGUGCAGAGGAAAGACUGACGCUGCCAAUGCCCAAUCCUUCAGGAGAUGAAACAAGUGCCAUGGCGAGAAGUAUUGUUUUGGCAAAGAAAGUGUUAGAGGGGUCGCUUGUAAUUCGAGGGGAAUGCCAAAAGCAUGAAGAUGCUGAAGAGGAGCACAAUGACGACGCUGGGGAGCAGGCCCCCACACCGAAGGAUAAUGAGGAAGCAGAAGCGGGGGAGACUGUUCCGACAAAGAAAGAGACGCCGUUUCCCACAAACGAUGAUCAUGACAUUGAAAUGGAGGUUGACGAUUCUGCCGAAACAGGUGAGGUGGAUACAGAAGCACCAUCUGAAGAGAACCCACUCAUAACAGAAAACACAGUGGACUCACCUGGUAAACUGGAGCCUUCCUUUUACAGCAGCGGUCUUUGGGAGGAAUAA